AAAAAAAUGAUUCGUGAAUGGUAUGAAAAACAAGCACCAAGGCCAGAUCAUGACUACAGCCAUUAUUACAAAACCAUUGAAGACCUUCGCAACAAGAUCCUCAAUGCUACCAUGGACAAUGCCAGCAUGCUCCUUCAGAUUGAUAACGCCAGACUGGCUAUGGAGGACUUUAAGACCAAGUAUGAAACUGAACUGAACCUGCGUUUGAACGUUGAAGGUGACAUCAAUGGACUACGCAGAGUCUUGGAUGAACUUACUCUUUCUAGAUCAGAUCUGGAGCUCCAUAUUGAGGGCUUGAAGGAAGAACUGGCUUAUCUAAAGAAGAACCAUGAAGAGGAAAUGAAUUCUCUUCGUGGACAAGUUGGCGGCCAUGUCAAUGUAGAGAUGGAUGCUGCCCCAGGUAUUGACCUAAGUAGGAUUUUGUCUGACAUGAGAGACCAAUACGAAGGGCUGGCUGCAGAGAACCGUAAGCAAGUUGAAGCCUGGUACUUCAAGCAGACAGAGGAACUGAACAAAGAAGUUGCAAGCCACAGUGAACAAAUCCAGUCCAGCAAAACAGAAAUGACCGACCUCAAACGUACCGUCCAAAGCCUGGAGAUUGAACUUCAGACACAACUAAGCAUGAAAGCGGCAAUGGAAGGCACCUUAGCAGAAACGGAAGGCCGGUACUGUAUGCAGCUCUCUCAGAUACAGGAUAUGAUCAGCAGUGUUGAAGCUCAGCUGGCAGAAUUAAGGUCAGAUAUGGAACGCCAGAGCUAUGAGUACAAAAUGCUCAUGGAUGUGAAGACCCGUCUGGAACAGGAAAUCGAAACCUACAGGCGUCUCUUGGAGGGUGAAGAUGCCAGUAUUUCAUACAAAGAAUCCCCUCAAACCAUACGAAAAAUCCGUACCAUUGUUCACGAUACCGUUGACGGAAAAGUGGUGUCCUCACGGGAGAAAGUCCAGCAAUCAACCUACUAAUCUAAACCUGUCGCCAUAUUCAGCACAGAUUUCUGAGAUGUGAUAUAUCUAAUAUAACUUGUUUUAGUGGCAGGCAACCUGUGGUACUCCUGUUGUUUAGGAAUUUAAAAUCCCAGAAUGCAUAUGGGUAUCUGAGGUUCUGCAGCAGCUGGGGAGCCAUAGACUACACAAGCCAACUCUGCCCUGCAAUCAUAAAGAUGACCAUUAUGGUGUGCUGAGUUAAUCGACAAGGUCACUGACACCAAUUUAUGUCUGUAUUUCUUGUGCUACUUUUUGAGGCCUCUCUAUUUUCUAUAUCUAAUAAACUCAUCAGCUUUCUCAUGCAAAAAAAAAAAAAAA